GUGUAUGAACAUUAAUUUUAUAAUAUCUGUCAGUUCGGUUUCACUCCAAUAAGACACAAAUUUAUUUAUUGCAAAAAGAAAAGAAGAUGAAACAUGUUAAAGUUAUUGUUUAAUGAUUAUAAUUGAUUACGCCUCCCAUGCUGUAUUUGCACUGUGUAUCCAAUUAGUCAUAACCACAUCUAAUAAUUAGGAAAAAGCAACAUUUUUUUACUUUUAAAAAUGAGUAAAAAAAAUAUAUUUCUGAAAAUUACUAAAGGAAAACCCGAUAAAGUAGCAGAGGGUUUAAAAGAAUUUUAUGAUCUUUGUGAAAAUAUGUCAGAAUUUCCAAUUCUAAAUGGACUUAAUUUACGACUGGAUGUUUGGAAAACAUUAUUAUGGUAUCUUUCAAAUGAUAUUUAUUCAUCACUUCAUUUACAGUGUUUAAGAACACUUCGUGUACUGAGUCGUGACAAAACUGACUUGGAUAAUAUUCUAACGUUACCAAAUCUUACGUUUCUAUUAACGAUCGCAAAUCUUUUUAAAGAAAAUAAACAGAAAUUCGUCUACGAACCAGAAGUUAUAUUCGAGGGUCAAAAACUGCUCUGUAAUAUAUUAUUUAACAGUCCAAAGGUACAAGUAAUGAUAGGUAAACCCGACUAUCUAAGAUGUCUUAUAGAACGUAUUGAAAAUCCCAUUGAAAGUUUUACACAAGAAAUGCGAUUAUUCGAUAUUCGAAUAUUAUUCCUGGUAACUGCCUUCAAUGAAUAUUCCAGAAGAUUUGUUAAAAAUGAAUUCAAAGGCGAUGUAUGUCUUGCAAAAAUUUUAGAAGACAUUUCUUCUCAAUAUAAUUCGAGUCCAAUAAAGGAAGAUGAUGUUAAUCUUGCUUGUGAAAUUUUAAAAACCCUGUUUAAUGUGUACAUUCAUGUCGAGGACCCCAGCGAAAAAGUAACAGAGAAAUUUAAAAAUUUAGUCUCCAUUUUACGCAAAUUAAUUCUUUGUCAAUGUGAGAUAAAGAAGGAGGAACUUCACAGUAAUAUUGUUAAUUUAUUGACGGAGGUUCCGCCGGAAAGUUAUUCAAAUCUCCUACAACCUGUAGAAAGUGAUAAUUGUACUCAUGUCUAUGAGAACACGGACAUGUCAGUUAUAAAAGUUUUACUUCAACUUUUAGACAUUAAAUUAGAAUAUAAAUUAGAUUUGAUAGAAAAUAUCACACCAGUUUUAUCCUGUUUAAUCAAAUUAGUAAAAAGUGAACGAUUAAUGAGGAAAUUUAUGCGACUAGAGAUUUUACCACCUUUAAAGGACGUAAUGAAAAGACCCGAGGAAGGAAAUACUACGAAAGCCAAAUUGUGUCAGCUUCUAACAUCGCCAAUAACCGAAAUACGAGAUUUGGUUGCGGAGUUUCUGUUUAUUCUUUGCAAAGAAAAUGUUGAUCGAAUGAUAAAGUACACGGGCUAUGGAAAUGCAGCGGGAAUGUUUGCAAAUAAAGGUUUAUUGGGUCAUCCGCAACCAAAGACUGAUUACUCUUCAGAAUCUGAGGACAGUGAAACUGAGGAAUAUUCAAAGUACAAAGAACAAAUCAAUCCAGUCACGGGAUGUUACGAAAAGCCAAAACCAAAUCCUCUGGAAGGAAUGAGCGAAGAACAAAAAGAAUAUGAAGUUAUGCAAUUAAUAGGACUCGUUGAUAAAUUAACAAGAGAGGGAGUAGUGCAACCGUGUCGAAUUGGCGAGGAUGGAAAGCCAGUUCCAAUAGAGCACGUCCUUGAAUUACAAAAUAACCUUCCAAAACAACAAACGACUUGUGAUACAUCAGACUCCGAUUAAUCAAUAAUAUAAAUUGUAUUAUAUAUUCUUUA